CAGUGUGUUAGCGGCAGGAUGACGCUCGAGAACGGUCUGUCGCUCAAGGAUGAGGUGCAGCGGAUGCGCGCCGAGGUGGCGACGCAGGGCGAGCGGGUGCGCAAGCUCAAGAAGGACGGCGCGGUCAAGGCGGCCAUCGACACGGAGGUCUCGACACUGUCCGACCUCAAGGCCAAGCUGCAGCAGAAGGAGAAGCAGCUCGAGGAGAGCACGCCGCUGUACACCCGCUGCCGCGAGCCGCUCGAGAACCUGGUCAAGCGGCGGCUGUUUGUGAUCCCGGGCUUCGAGAUCUAUGGUGGCGUAGCGGGGCUAUUUGACUUCGGUCCGCCUGGGUGUGCGCUCAAGGCUGAGGUGGAGGCGCUGUGGCGGCGGCACUUUGUGCUGCACGAGGACAUGCUUGAGGUGUCGGGCACUUGCCUGACGCCCGAGGUGGUCCUCAAGACCUCCGGCCACGUCGACCGCUUCACCGACCUGAUGGUCAAGGACACCGUCACGGGCGAGUGCUACCGGGCCGACAAGAUCCUCGAGGAACAGAUUGAGGCCAAGCAGAAGGCCGGCCUGCCCCCAGACGAGCACGACAGGCUGGAGAAGCUCAAGGUGCAGGCGGACGCACUCAGCAGUGAGGAAAUGCACCAGGCCUUCCUGGAUUUGGGCAUCAAGUCGCCCGACGGCAACGGAUUCUCGACGCCCUUCCCCUUCAACCUCAUGUUCAAGACGUCCAUCGGGCCCAAGGGGGACCUGGUGGGCUACCUGCGGCCCGAGACAGCCCAGGGCAUCUUCGUCAACUUCAGGCGGCUGCUCGAGUUCAACGGAGGCAAGAUGCCCUUCGCCGCCGCUCAGCUGGGUUUGGGCUUCCGCAAUGAGAUCGCACCGAGGUCCGGGCUGCUGCGCGUCAGAGAGUUCCAGGUGAUCAGCCGCGGAGGGAGGGAGGGAAAGUGGUUAGACGGGAGCAUGGCUGUUGUCUGCCUGUGUGAAUGUGUGUGUGUGUGUGUGUGUUUGUGUGUGUGUGUUGUGCUUGCAGAUGGGUGAGAUUGAGCAUUUUGUGCACCCCGACCACAAAGAGCACCCCAAGUUCGGCGCAGUCAAGGACAUGAAGUUGCCCCUGUUUCCCAGAGACCGACAGCUGGGCGACGGCAAGGUAAGGUCACCCAGCCACCUUGGCAAAACAGUCAGCCCACCAGCGGGCAGCACGUGUGUGUGUGUGUGUGUGUGGUUGUAGGUUGUGAUGGACAUGACCCUCGAGCAUGCCGUCCAGACCAAAGUCAUCAACAACGAGACUCUCGCGUAGGCCAUGUGCAGCCAUACAUCCACACAAAGAGGGAGAGAUGCGUGUGUAUCUGUGUGUGUGCCGUGCUUGUGCAGUUAUUUCCUGGCCCGUACCUACCUGUUUCUGACCAAGUGCGGCAUCCAGCACGUCGGCAUGAGGUUCCGUCAGCACCUCGAGACAGAAAUGGCGCACUACGCAUGCGACUGCUGGGUGGCUGGGCGGACACACAGAGGGCGCAAGACCCAUAUAGCGGCUGGCUUCAUGCCGUUGGUUUGGCUGGCUGUCUGCAGGAUUGUGAGAUCGAGACGUCUUACGGCUGGGUUGAGUGCGUGGGCCACGCCGACAGAUCGGCAUACGACCUCUCACACCACACCAAGGCAAGCAGGCUCCCCAAGCCAUCUUAUUGGCUGAGUGCACUGUCCGACUUGGCUGGCACUGCAGGCGAGCAAAGUCGAUCUGGUGGCGCAACACAAAUUCGACGCGCCCCGCGACAUUGAGUACGUCAAGUUCACGCCCAACCGGCCUAAGCUGGGGCAGGCCUUCAAGCAGGACCAGGCGGCUGUCAUUGAGGCACUCGAGGAGAAACCUGACCAAGAGAGACUCCACAUACAGCAACAGGUGAGUGGGCAGGAGGGCAGGCAGUGGGUGACUGUGUUGACAUGACUGACCUGUCUGAACCCAUCACCACAUCUGCAGCUGGACGCGAGCGGCACUUACGAGCUGAAGCUGUGCACGGGCCAGUCGUUCACCAUCACCAAGGAAAUGGCCAAAUUCGAAAAGGCCGUCAAGAGAGGUCAGCGACUGAGGCAUGCAGGCCGCCCCACCAAGAGGACACAUCCACACAUCCCUGCCUGCCUGUGUGUCUGUCUGUGGGUCUGUGUGUGUCUGUGUGUCUGUGGGUCUGUGUUGUGCUGCGUGCAGUGGCUGUGGAGGCGUACGUGCCGGCGGUUAUCGAGCCGUCCUUUGGCAUUGGCCGCAUUAUCUACUGUAUCCUCGAACACACUUUCCGCUCCAGAGGCAUCCAGGUACACACACAGGGAGCCACACAGACACCCAUCGGCAGACAGACAGACAGACACAACGACUGUUUGGUGGUUGGCUGUGCUGUGUGCUCAUCUCUCACCCCAUCCAUCCAUCAAUGCAUCCGUCAGGAUCAGGAAGAGCGCUGUUUCCUGUCGCUGCCACCGGUGAUAGCGCCCAUCAAGUGCUCCGUGCUGCCCAUCUCCGCCAACACUCAGUUCGACGACCUCAUCAACCAGCUCAAGGAACAGCUCACCUACCACGGCGUCUCGUCUCAGGUCGACAGCACGUCGGCAUCCAUCGGCAGGUCGGCAUUAUCACCGUGAGACACACACACACACACACUCGGACACAGAAGCGGCGCCUUCCUCUGGUUGCUUUGUGCGCAUCGAUCAUGCAGGCGCUACGCGCGCACCGACGAGCUGGGAAUUCCUUUCGGCAUCACUGUUGACUUCCAGUCGGUCAAGGACAGCACUGUCACACUCAGAGAGCGCGACUCGAUGAAACAAAUCAGAGUCCCGGUGAGUCCGUCCACCUGCUGCAAUUCCAUUUGUAUUGGAUGGGAUGGCAUUGGUUGUGCAGGCGAUUGAGAUUCCCGAGUUGGUCCACAACAUGGUGGCUGGCCGCACGACGUGGGACAAGGCGAGAGACAAGUACCCGGAGUUCAUCGCACAGGAGGCAUGACUGACUCGGUGGCUCUGAUUCCGUGUAAUGUAGCUGCCUGCAGCCGCCUGAUAGAUGCGAUAGAUACAAAUGUCUGUCUGUCUGUGUCUGUCGAUGCGUGUCACUGCAUGGGUGCGCAUGGCACCCAUGCAGUGAUGUGAUUUUGUUGCCUCAUUGCAAUGUGUGUGUGACGUCGUUAUGUAAUUUUCAUUUUGGUCAAUCAACGAACCAAUUCAAUUCACGUGUGUGUGUGUGUGUGUGCCUCUGUGUGUGACUGUUUGUUAAUCUGUCUGCCUGUGUCGCUGGCUGUGCGUGUCGUGCGCUGAACGAACAAUCCAUCCAUCCGUCCGUCAUGAUCAAUCAAUGUGUGUGUGUGUGUGUGUACUGUGGGCCUCGACAGCCGCUGAAUCCAUUGCCUG